UUCUCUCUCCCUCUUUAGCUUCAAUCAUUCUAAUAAGUUCUCAGUUCUAUAAUCUCUCAUCUUCCUCGUUGUCAUUUUCAUUUCUUACACUGAUCUACAUCUUCUUAGAGGAACUCCACUUCGAUUUUUCUCAACUAACUUGGUACAGAAGCUGAAUCAAGUACUGUACGACUAGUGGAAACACAAGUGUUGCUGAGUCUAAAUCGAUCAACAAGAUCAGAAAACAGUUGUCGUCAUCUUCGUUUUAAUCCAUUCAUCAUCUGCUUUGCCGUGUGUAGCUAAAAAAAAAAGAGAUGCUGGGAGCUGGGUUUCAUUUGACUAAGCUACAGAGAGCUCAGAGCGACGUCUCUCACGGCAGAUCGAUAAACACUUCUCCCGCUUCGUCUUCAAGCAAUGUUGAACGGUUCUUGGAGUCAGUCACACCAUCUGUGCCUGCCCACUACCUUCCCAAGGUUUGUUUCAACAUGUCUCAAAGACUCUAAAGUCAUUACCUUUUUAUAUUAAAGACUAUAACUUUUUGUUUACACGCAGACGAUGGUAAAGGAAAGGAGAGGCAGUGAUGUUGUUGAGUUGCAGCAGCCUCCUCCGUACUUUGUUCUUGGUGAUGUAUGGGAAUCGUUUGCAGAGUGGAGUGCUUACGGCACUGGAGUUCCUCUCUCUUUGAAUAACAACAACAGUUAUUAUAAAGAUCGUGUCUUCCAAUACUACGUUCCUUCUCUCUCUGCCAUCCAACUCUAUGCUGAUUCUCAUCCCUUAAGCUCAAGGCGGCUAAGUGAGGAGAGUGACAGUGAUUUCAAGGAUUCAAGCAGCGAAGGAAGCAGCAGUGAGUCAGAAAGAGGACUCUCUUUAAGAAAGGAGCAUAUGGAAGACUCGUCUAGUGAUGAUGGGGAGCCUUUAGCCUCUCAAGGUCGUUUGAUCUUUGAGUAUCUUGAACGUGAUCUUCCUUACAUCCGCGAACCCUUUACCGACAAGAUGUGUGACCUUGCCUCUAGCUUUCCUGAGCUGAAGACGCUGAGAAGCUGUGAUUUACUGCCUUCAAGCUGGUUCUCCGUGGCAUGGUACCCAAUUUACAAAAUACCCACAGGACCAACACUCAAGGAUCUGGAUGCUUGCUUCUUGACGUAUCAUUCUCUUCACGCACCCUUUCAAGGUGCAGAAGUUACAACACAGUCUAUGUGUGAGGUGCAGCCAAGGGAGAGUGUUGAGAAGACAAUGCUUCCUGUCUUUGGCCUCGCCACAUACAAGUUGAGAGGUUCUGUAUGGACGAGUACCAAAGGCUCUGGUCACCAGCUUGUGAACUCCCUUUUCAAAGCCGCAGACAAUUGGCUGAGGUUGCGUCAUGUCAACCAUCCUGACUUCAUCUUCUUCUGCCGGUGAUGAUACGAUGAUGAUGAUGAAAAAUGAUGUAUGAUGUUACUUAAAAGGAAACUCUCAAGUUGUAAUGUAAACAGAAAAACUAAUUUUCAUUUAUAUGUAACAUGUUUAUUACAAUAAAAGCUAAUAGUUGAUGAAAAAGGCAGUCUCAA